GGUACAAACUUGUUCGACGAAGCAGACCGCUAACUUGUAGCAUGCUCAUGAUCUGUUAUGGCUAGCCAUCGUGACGUUAAUUAUAAAUGGUAGAUUUAAUUAUAGUAUGCAUAUAUACUAUAUAUAUACAUGUUUAUUGCUGCAUUGAGAGCCCCGUGGUCUGCACAUUGAUAUAAAGUUGUUUACUUUAUCCAGAGGUUUAUAGCAUAUUAGCAGUUAGCAUGUCAUGUUUUCUGGAAGUAUCUACAGCAGUUGCCAUGGUUACACCGUGUCCUAAACUUUGAACGAUCAGUUUCGCAUUUUUGCUCCACGAUUCUCUGAUCCUGAAAAGUUUUCCAGUUUCCAGCAGGUAAAGAGGAACAGAAGGCGGCAAAAUGGUGCAGUUACAUGUGAAACGAGGAGAUGAAAGCCAGUUUUUGUUCAACACCACUGUGGACGCGUCUCUGGAGACUGUGAUCCAGCAGAUUGCAUCCAUUUACAAUGGGAGGCUUAAAGUGGAGAGAAUGUGUGCAGAAAUUGCAGAGCUGGCGGAUCAUGGCAUCACUUUACCCCCAAAUAUGCAGGGCCUGACAGAGGAUCAGAUUGUGGAGCUGAAGCUCGUAGAUGAAUGGGAAGAGAAGUGUGUUCCUAGUGGUGGUCCGGUGCUGAGGAAGGAUGACAUAGGAAGGAGGAAUGGACAAGCUCCAAAUGACAAAAUGAAAGAAGUUUUAAUGAAAACAGUAGAUGAAGCAAAGGCACUCAUUUCAAAGAAACAAGCCCAGGCUAAUGUCUGUGUCAUCAUGGACAUGGUGAAAGAGGCUCUUGACCAGCUGAGAGGAGCUGUGAUGAUUGUUUAUCCCAUGGGCCUGCCUCCACACGACCCCAUCCAGAUGGAGAUGGAGGACCGUGAAGACCUUUCGGGAACACAGGCAUCUCUUCAAGUCAUUCCUGAGGAUGAGUGUCAGCUGUGGUGGGCUGCUAAAGAGAUGCAGAGAGGGAAAAAGCUUCAGGACUACAUAGGCAAAAAUGAGAAGACAAAAAUUGUGGUUAAAAUUCAAAAGAAAGGCCAGGGGAUGCCAGCGAGGGAGCCAAUGAUCACAGAGGAACAGCACAAACAGAUGAUGAUGCACUACCACAGGAGACAAGAGGAGCUCAAGAAACUAGAGGAGGCAGAUGAUGACAGCUACCUGGACUCUGAUUGGUCGGAUAGACAAGCUCUCAAAAGACAGUUUCAAGGCUUAACCAACAUCAAAUGGGGGCCGAGGUGAAGUCUAAAACUGCCACAUGAGGUGUGCCUCUAAUAUGCUGUGUUGACUGUUGACUUACUACUGAUGCACACAAGUCACAAAUGGGCUUCAUGCAGAUCCCACAUCCCUAGCUGAUCUUAUAAUAAAACACAAAAAAACAUUGAAAGGACAUAUAGGAUUUGUAAUUAUAAAAUAAAUGCAAUCUUAGUUGUUAAAACUUGUUUUCAUUGUUAGUUUUAUUCUGUUUUAAAGCCAGUGUAUUUUUUAUUACUCAAUUUUUUUGCUUCUUUCUUAUGGCCACCUGGCAUUUAUUAGGUUCAUGAUUUUCCUGUCAGAUGUGGACAUUGAAAGUGGAAAAUGGCUCACCACUUCCCAGUUUUUGAGUUGUAGUGCAGCUAAUGGAAAUCCACUCUCACAUUUGCCAUUCACUCAUGACACAUUCAUCUGUUUGCAAAUAAAUGAGUGUUCAAUAAAACAUUGCUUAUAAAGUGUGAGAAUCUCUACUGUCAUUAAUUAUGUUAUGUCUCAUCUGAGCAUUUUACUUAAUUUUUGUAAAAUGAGAAAUUGAGAUACAAUUCAGUUUCAAAGACCUCACACUUGGUGUAACCCGAACACAGCAGCAUUGUCUUCAGUGACUGUAAGGACACUACACUGAUUUUUUGUGUCCUGUUUGUGGCACAUACAGCUCUCAAAACCAAAGAGCUUGGACCAGCUUAUAACCUUUGUUCCAGUCUUGUUCCAGUCUUGAUACUUUGGAUACAUGGAAACUUGACUUGAUUUUUUUGUCAUUAAAAAUAAUAAAUGUACUUGUUUACUGACAUUUUUGAAUGACUAGUCACAUUUUUAACUUUGUGCAUGCCCUUAUUUGUAUUUGUUCAGUGUGUUUAUGUUGCACUUUUUCACCGUAUCAAGUUCCUAGUUUGUGAACUGUGUUCACAGACUAUGGCAAUAAAAGUCUUCUGAUUCUG